GACUCGAAAAUGUCUCGAUGCCCGACUCGAUAAAGUCAGGCCCGAAAGUGACUCGUUCCGGCCCGACUCGAUAAAGUUAGGCCCGAAAAAGACUCGUAUCGGCCCGACUCGAUAAAGUAAGGCCCGAAAAAGACUCGUACCGGCCCGACUCGAUAAAAACAAGCCCGAAAAAAAAUGCCUCGACCGUCGGCCCGACUCGAAAACGGCAACCCUAAUUAUUUAUUUAAAUCUACGCAUAUUCUAUAAAAUAUUAAAAUUAAAAAAGCAACUUUUUCUGAAAAAUUUUUUUAAUUUAAAGAGGAAAAAGAGAGAAUAUUUUAUAAGAGAAUAUUUUUAUUCUCUUCAAAUUUUUAAUUUUUUUUCUUUUUUUUUUCUUCCGCAACUCAAAAAUCAAACAAAAAAAUUAAAAAAAGAGGGGGGUUUCUCUUUGAUGAAUUAGAUUUUUGGCAUUUUAUAUUUUAUUUUCUGUGUUUUUUCUGUAUUUUCUGUUUGUUUUUGUGUAUGUUUGUGUUUUUAUUUCGUGUGACCAUUUGAUGGGAGAGUGGGGAGAUAGGGGGAAAAUGGAGGGGGAGGAAGAAAGGAAGGGGGAGGGAGGGGGGGAAGGGAGAAGAGGAGGGAGGAAGAAAGGAAGGGGGGAGGAGGAAGGGAGAGGAGGGAUAAGGGGAGAAUGGAGGGGGAAGAGGGGGAGGAGAAGGGAUGAAGGGAGAGAAGGGAGGAGGGGAAGGAAGAGGAGAAACGAGAGGGGUGGAUUUAAAAAUUGCCGGUCUCUUUAG